AUGUCUACUAACCCAACAUCUAAAAAUGUUUCAUGUCUUAAAAACCUUGCUUUAAAUAUCCUUAAAAACAGCACCCCAGAGGUUAUUACAAAAGGUGUUGAAGUUCCAGAACUAGAUCCAUGCUCAAAGUGUAAAGAAGAGCUUUUUUUGUACGAACUUAAAAAACCAUUUACUAUACUUAUCUGUGGACAUAUAUACCACCAUAGUUGUCUUGAGGAUUAUGUAAAAGAUCUCCCACAAUGCUCUGAAUGUGCAAUGGAAAAUGAAUCUAUUGAUUAUACAUGUUAUUCUGGUACUUCUGAAUCUAGUUCACAGGAUCGGGCACAGAAUACCUCAGACCCAAUGCAAAUUUCACCACAAAUGGCACAAAUGGCAUCUAGUCAAAACCAGAAUACA